CCCCGCCUGCCUACCCGGGAGUGCUGCUUAUCCGCCAGCGCCAAACCACCACAGUGGCAGUGGAGCUGCAUGCGAACGCGCAUCGCGACCGGCGCACCUGCAACAUCACUACCACAAGCGCUUUGCGCCGAGGCCAGCCGUCACAACCACCGAUCUAAUACAACUAAAUCGCAACCCCUAAAAGAGAACAUCCCCGGCCGCGGCCAACUCUGUUGGAUCAGCAUACGAUAGACGCGCCCUGCUGAGCAUCAAUUGGACUUGGAGACCGCACCUCAGGGCUGCGCCGCACCGAAUCACGCCGUAAUGGCUCCCAACUUCCGUACGGCGACGCAGACGCGCAGGAGCAAUCGCACCGGCUAUGUCGAGCACGAUGAUUUCGAGGGUCUGCCCGUAAGGCAAUGGCGACAGGAGUGGACUAAGAUCGCACCACCACCAGCUGUCGAGACGGUGCAGAAGAACGACAUCUGGGACGUCGAGCUCCUACACGGCAUGCCUAAGGAUUCGAAUCUGCUCCCGCAACACACACAGGAACUUCUGCGCGCGGCGCGCUCGGGACGCCUAUACAAGAGACCUGCCCCUGCCGACGAGGACGAUGGUGAACCAGAGAAUACCGCGGUAGAGAAACAGGAGAAGAAGGACGGCGAAGAGGACUCUGCCGAGAAGGGGUUUCAAAUCAAGGUGUGGAAGCAAAUUCCGCGGACCGCCGAAGGCGCCACGAUCUCGCACCUUGCCAAAAGGAGGAAGAAUACCGUCACGCUGUCCUCCAGCUUACCGGCUGUCGCCGCGUCUGGGCCGACGGUCACGAAAGCCACUGUUCGCCGCGUCGAUGCCGCAGGUAAUCCAUACACACAGGAGGUUACGCUCAGUGAGGGCGUGGCGGUAGAUGGCGAGAUCAUCUCCACAACUGUGGUGCCUGCGCCGAGCGGUGUGUCUACGGGGAUCGAACCAGCCGCCGCGGCAACGCCAGUCAGACGCCGACCUCCCCCACCCAAGAGGAAAUCCAAAGGCCCUGGCAGAGGGCGCAAGAAGAAGCUGCAAUUGCCACUCGCUCCAGGCGCUGCGGCUGGCGCAGGUCUCGCAGCUGGUGGAGUCGCGGCAGAUGGCAGCACAUUAGAAGGCGUCAAGCAGGAGGGCGUAGAUGGUGAGGUCAAGGAUAGCGAAAUGGCCGACGACGACGACGGCGAGGAAGGUGACGAGGGAGACGACGAUGAAGACGACGAUGACGAGGAAGGAGACAACCAAGAGGGUGACGAGACUCCCGCCGUCGAAGAGAAACAACCAGGUCAGCCCGAGACGAAAGCCACUGAUGGAUCAGUGCAAGGCGAGCUAGCGCCGAUGCCUAUGGAUAUCCCAGCUUCAGAAGACCAGUCUUUAUCAACGGCAGCGCCUGCCUUGAGCUCCAUGCCGACGACGUCAAUAGCCGACCCCACCCCUAAAGAGGGCAGCCCCUUGAAAGAAGCUCUCAGCGCUCAGUCACCGUCUUUGGGCCAGCUGGGUUCAAACGGGAACGAGCCAAGGCCAACAACGAACUCGGAAGAUGCUGUACCUGGGGUUGUCGAAUCUGUAGAGCCCCAACAGCCUGCUGCCCCAGCUGAGAACCCGCAAGCGUCAGAACCAAUUGCGACAACCACAUCAGAGACGAUUCUAGAGCAGAGCGUCGACAAGGAAAUGACAGAUGUGCCACAGGAGCCGACAGAGGGUGAGCCAGAACCAUCUGGGCAGCCCGAAGCUCCACAUCCAGACGCAAUGAUGAUUGAUACAGAUGAAAAACAAGGCGAUGCUACAACAGCUACCCUCCCUGAACCCCCAUCAUCAACACUGAAAGUGGAAGAACUCACAGAGCCCAAGGAUGAGAAAGCAGAUAUCUCGCCAGUGGAUAUCAUCGCCGAAGCUGCCGUCGAAAGCAAGGGCCCCGAGCCUGUGCCCACGCCAGCUAUUGGCGGUGUCUCCACUGCGAGCCCAGAAAUCCCCGAUAUUUCAAGCGCCGUGGCCGCCGUGGAGGCGAAAGACAUUAAGACGGAGGACGAGGCACCGACGACAUCUACCCCAGUCCUGGCGGACACUGCCGCUACGCCACUGCCAGUCGAUGAGCAGGCUGCAGCUUCUUCCGCCGAGGCUACCGCGGACGCCGUAAAGUCUGCGCCUGGCACAGAGCCGCAGACACCAGACCUGUACAGCGGUCUCGAGGCCGCGCUGGGCAGUGACUCGGUUUCGGCGUCUGCUGCCAUUGAGUCGACUGUUGAGAACACAACCGACACAGGGGCACCAUCCGGAUCUCCAAUAAUGGAGCAGGACAGUGCCCAGGAUAAGGCAGCGACUCCCACGCUACCUCUUGCUGCGCUGCCGGCACUGACGCCGCCAGUCAAUGAACCGUCCGCUUCCGAGGCUGUGACAGCUCCUGAUUCGGCGCCCGUCGAUGACAGCGCUCCUGCUCCUGCUGCUGCUGCUGCUACUACUGCUGACGGAGUCACGAAAGUGGAGGACGGGCCAGGCGCGGCGGACGCCGUCGACACUGCAGAUGCUUCCGCCGCUGGCGGUGAGAAUGCCCCCGCGCCAGAGGCAGCAGAUUCCGCGCCGGAAGGCAACGAGAAAUCCGAGAAUGAUGAGUGAGGGUAGGAGAGUAGGGCCUGGACACCUGGGUUGCUUUUCUGAGAUUUGACUUUAGGCGGUGAUAGGGUGGUGUUGGCGCAUGCGUUUCCAUCCUGUACAUUUUUUUUCUUGGGGGAUGAGUGCUUAAACAUGAAACAUUCAGCUACCACAUUCGAGAAUCGGUCCAGUCUGU